CGCGGCCGGGCGGCUCCAAGGCUACCGGCUGGGGUGAGCAGCGGAGGGCUUGGGCUUGGAAUAGCAAAGAACACGCUCUCCCGAGAAAGUAUAGGCACUGAUCAGAUAGCCAGGGAAACGUGUGUAGGGACGUCGAGGACCCAGGCUCUCGGGCGAGCGUGUAGUUGAACGGACAGGGCCGCGGGGGUCACGCGGGGCUCUCCCGCCUCCCCUCCGCGUGAGCUCCGGGAUGGUCCGCGCUGGGAGUGCGCGCGAGUCUUGAAGCGCUGGUGAAGCGCGCAGGUCGGAGUGACAGCGGCGCUGCCUGCCAGGCUCCGGUCAGCAACGCGCCAUGGACGCAGAGCUGGCAGAGGUGCGCGCCUUGCAAGCUGAGAUCGCGGCGUUGCGGCGAGCGUGUGAGAACCCACCGGCGCCCUGGGAAGAGAAGUCCAGAGUCCAAAAAUCUUUUCAAGCCAUACACCAAUUCACUUCGGAAGGAUGGAAGUCUUCAAAAGAUCUGAAAAAUCAGCUUGGACAUUUAGAAUCAGAACUUUCAUUUCUAAGUACGCUUACUGGCAUCAAUAUAAGAAAUUACUCCAAGCAGACAGAAGACCUAACAAGCACUGAGAUGGCAGAAAAGAGUAUAAGAAAAGUUCUACAGAGACACAGAUUAUCAGGAAAUUGCCACAUGGUUACAUUUCACCUUGAAUUUCAGAUUCUGGAAAUUCAGAAUAAGGAGAGAUUAUCUUCUGCUGUUACUGACCUCAACAUAAUAAUGGAGCCCACAGAAUGCUCAGAAUUAAGUGAAUUUGUGUCUAGAGCAGAAGACAGAAAAGAUCUGUUCAUGUUUUUUCGAAGCCUGCAUUUUUUUGUGGAGUGGUUUGAAUAUCGUAAGCGCACGUUUCAACAUUUCAAGUGUCAUUAUGCAGUAGAACUUCCUGAACGAAUAGGAAAGAAGACAUUUUCUUCCUGUCCACAUGAUAACUUGUUGGGUCUGGUGAGGACCCUCAGGAUAUCUACAUCCUUUCAUCUUGCCACAGAGGGUAAUAUUGACUGGAUUAUGCCACACAGGCAGUCAACUUUCACAGGUUAGUGAAUUCUGAAUGUCAAAGGGAUUUGAAGGAAUAGUUAUUUAAGUUGAGAGAUUUGAUUCCAAUUUAAAUUUCUAAAGAUUCCUUUUGGCUUUGAAAGAAUCUUGAAAACUUCAUGAGAAGUUAAACCUUUACUUUUAAGAUACCCUUUAAAAUAUAAAGAGAAUUUUGCAGUGUAGGAAAGUCUUCUGGUGUGAACAUAAAGAAUGGCCAUGCCAGGAAAUGCAGCCUGGAACAGCACCUCCCUCCUCCAGACCUGUAGGCUGCCCUCCUCAUGUCCCUCUACCUUCUUUUCCUUGUCUUCACUCUCCUUUACUGGAUGUCAGCUUCCAGCAUAUGAAAGGGAUUUUAUAUGUUUAACUUAUUGGAUAGCAUUUGCAUUUUUUGUUGCUUUUCUAAAAUGGAAAGGUAAAUGUAACAUUUUUGGUUUCUUGUAGAAAAACAUCCACCUCCUUUAAAGCUAGACUAAGAUGGUUUUUUGGAUUGGUAUAGUUCUGAAUUAAACUGUUGUGUUCCUGGAUAGAAAAAUUAUCUUUCCUCUUUUACUUUAGAUGAUCUUUAGGUGACCUAAGUAAAAAGUCACCUCUUGAUUAAUAAUAACAGCUUUACUAUAUCUUUUAAAUUAUCUGUGUAUGUUUGUUUUAUUGAUCUUCUGGGUCAGCUGAGUAGAUUAGAGGGGGUCGUGAUGAAGUUACUGCUUUAACUCAUGGAUACUGAAAGACAGUUGUUGGAAAGUAAAAAUAUGUUGUUAAUCAUAGGGGUUAUUUUUGACCCAGUUAGUCAUCAAAGCAAAGAGAGUAUGUGCCCUUGUUGGGAAUAAGGAAAGCAAGACUUUGAGCAAGAGUUCCAAGAAAGGCAAUCCUAUGCAGCUAAUCAUCAGACAGGGAGCUUGGAAGUAAUGGGUUAGAACACUGGCCAUCUGGCAGACUUAAGGAGCAUUCUACUUGAGGUGCUAGCCUUGGGUCACACAAAGCCAUGAUAAAGAGCACAGUGCUCAUCUUGGUAAUGAUUAUGUCACAGGUGGUCACUUCCUAUCUGCUGGAUGUUGUCCCCAAACCUUUCUGUGUAUUGGUCCAUUAAUCUUCACGGUAUACCUGGGAAGAAGCUGGAUGCCAUUCCUGCCAGAGCUAGGGGCUGCCCAGUCUGGCCUCAUAGGCUCCACCUCAAACUGCGGCUAAAUGCCUGGGGACAGGGUCUCUUGCCCCAUCUAUCUUUCUCCGCUUUCUUCCGUAUAGAUUUCCCACCUCUAACAGGUACUUCACAGAAUGACAGGUAUAAAUGAGUAAAUGUCAGGAAAGAGAAGGAAAAUGAAACAUUCAUUGCUUCUUAGUGUUUAUUCUUAGUGGAGUAAAAAAAAAUUAUGGCUUAAUUCUGUCAGGAAAAAAAAGCACUACAUAUGGCAUUUUAUGUGUGUGUAGACUACAUUGACCAGAUUUACUGGUGCAAGGAUUUCUAGUUGCAGUGUAUACUGCACAGUUUCCAAUAUUAGAUUUAAUCGUUACUGAAAGGUGACAACUUUAAAAUACCAUAUCUUAGAUAAAGUAAAUACAAACCUUUAGGAACUGAGGUCAGUUUUGCUUCUGCAAUUCUGAUAUGGAACACCGUCACCCCUUCAAAUGCCCCUGGCUCUAUCCCAUUAUUAUCAAGAGGGUUUGCACUCAUUUCU